AUGGCGACCUCAGGUGUUCAAAUACCCCAAGUCCCUCGAGUCGAGCCCAUCAAUCCUACUCGAGGGCCCCGUUCGGUCUGUAACAACCCAAGGCACAUAAACCCAGACCGUGCUGUGCUCAGCUACUAUGUCUUUUGGACCCACCAGUGCUCCUCUGCUACCGCCCACAACAUUGAUCUGCACGACAGAAGAGCAUACCGCGACAUGAAUAUGCCAAGGUCAUUCUCGCCCUCGCCUUCACCACCAUCCGACCAAAAUGAAUUCUCCAAGACUCGAGGAAAGCCAACGCUCACUCCGAGGCGCCCAAAGUCGCACAGGAACGCGGGAGACAUUCAGGUUUCUCCUGCCUAUGCCAAGGGUCGGAAACCAUCGUUACCUUUACUGGUACUCCAACACGCCCAACCCACGAACACACUCUCCCGAGCCCAGAGACGACCCCCCACCGACACGCACAUGUCGUAG